GGUUGGUUUUCUCGUAGACAAAGCUGCAGACAACGACCUCGUGCCACACAAGGUAUGACUCAUCGUCCGAGUAUACGUAGCGGCGCGGCGUCUCGCUUCGCGAAUUCGAUUCAACUCGGCAGACUAAUUGCGAGAGUGCUUUGUCUGGUUUCGAGCAAGUUACACGCGACUCCGAAAUCGCUCGAUUCCGAUAAGCCGAUAAGGACCGUUCCAGCGAUGCGCUCGAUUAUCCAGAAAAGUACGUCGAAGGAAGAAAAACCGAGCGUGAGGUGCGGAGAGAAUUACAAUAAUAGAAAAAGGGUUUGUACAGCGGUAGGGGAUCGGCCAAGAGCAACGCUCAGCUGGAGACCAUGCGACGUUCUUUCUCCUCGACUAUCGUCGCUUUCGACGAACAGCGAAGAAAGCGACGUUUCGGCGAUGACUCACGGGACGAAAGGGUCUUCGCUAGACUCGUUUUGAACAGAUCUUUUUCGUUUCCGAGCGAUAUUCGCCACCGGAGAAUGCGCGGAAUUCGUGGCACGCGAAUCCAACCGCGGCAAAGGAAAAGAAACCGACAAAGGGGAAACGCAUUAUCGCGAUCCUUCUUUGAACCGCGAUUCGCGACGAAUAUUCUCGCUCGAAUUACGUAUCGAUCGACUUCGAUUCGAGUUCAUCGAACAGGAUAUCCCGUUCUUACGGUCCAGUUUUUCAUUUCCGUAGAGAGAAAGGCGAACGUUGAAAGCGUCGAUCGGACGAAACCCUCUCGAAGCGUCUCGACUCACCACGGUCACGCUUAACGAGCGUCGAUCGAUCGCGUCGAAACGCGUCGCACGUUCGUGGAAAAAAAAAGUACGAUUCGUCUAGCGGUGGAGCGUAAGGACAAGUCAACAGCGAAGUGCCUUCCUGUCUCCUACAUCCCAUAUUCUCUUAGGCUAUUCGAAACGACGCGAUAAUCAAACGCGAGAAGAGAUAAAAGGCGAAGGUAAAUCUUUUCGACGAAGGGUGAUAGUGGUCGAAGAAAGCCGCACCUUGCGUCGGAAACAUGGCACGUUCGAUGAUCGUGGUAUCGUUUCUGCGAGCGAGCGUUAUCAUCCUAAAGGCUGUUAGCCCUCCCUUUUCCUCGUUUCUUCGUCGAAAGCGUUCUCGCCGGAUGGAGAGAAUCUUGCUCUCCUCCCUCCCUUCCUUCGUUCCUCCCUGUGUCCCGUGGUGGCAGUCCAGAAGCGUAGCGGGCCGAGAGUCGAGUUCAGGACAGCGACGCGAACGCGUUUCCUCGUCAGUUUCGCUCCGGUCCGCUCCACGCUCGUGCACUCCUGCGCGACAUUUGGCUGCACGCGCUCUCUGCUCGCAUCGCAGGUAUACCCUCGUCGCUCGCACGUCUAGGACAUCCACCGCUGGCCCGUACAUUGACAUCCGAGGAUCGAUCAGCCGUUACCUGCCACAAGCACAUUUUUCUCCUCGCCAUUUCUGUACGUGACAGCGAACGUGAACAAAAGCGGAGUUCAGAAUGAGGGAAAUCGUGCAUCUGCAGGCUGGACAAUGCGGCAACCAGAUCGGCGCGAAGUUCUGGGAAGUGAUCUCCGAGGAACACGGCAUCGAUCAAUCGGGCAUCUACCAUGGGGACAGUGAUCUUCAGUUGGAGCGAAUCUCCGUCUACUACAACGAGGCUUCCGUUGCCACGUCCACGAACGGUGGAAAGUACGUGCCUCGAGCGAUCCUGCUGGACCUGGAACCAGGCACGAUGGACGCGGUUCGUUCGGGCGCGUACGGGAAACUCUUCCGACCGGACAACUUCGUGUUCGGUCAGUCCGGAGCUGGUAACAACUGGGCGAAGGGACACUACACGGAGGGCGCCGAAUUGGUCGACUCCGUUCUGGACGUGGUCAGGAAAGAAUGCGAGAACUGCGACUGUCUGCAAGGUUUCCAGCUGACUCAUUCCCUCGGGGGCGGUACCGGAUCCGGUAUGGGCACGCUGCUCAUCUCCAAGAUCCGCGAGGAGUAUCCGGACAGAAUAAUGAACACGUAUUCGGUGAUGCCGUCCCCUAAAGUGUCGGACACGGUGGUGGAGCCAUACAACGCGACGCUUUCCGUUCAUCAGCUGGUCGAGAACACCGACGAGACCUACUGCAUCGACAACGAGGCCCUCUACGACAUCUGCUUCCGCACUUUGAAGGUUUCGAACCCCAGUUACGGAGACUUGAAUCAUCUGGUCUCGCUCACCAUGUCCGGCGUCACGACCUGUCUCAGGUUUCCCGGCCAACUGAACGCCGACCUGAGGAAACUCGCGGUGAACAUGGUUCCCUUCCCUCGACUACACUUCUUCAUGCCCGGCUUUGCGCCGCUAACCUCUAGGUCCAUGCAACAAUACUCGGCGCUCUCGGUGCCGGAGCUCACGCAACAGAUGUUCGACGCUAAGAACAUGAUGGCCGCCUGCGACCCCAGACACGGCCGGUACUUGACCGUGGCCGCCGUCUUCCGCGGCAGAAUGUCCAUGAAGGAAGUGGACGAGCAAAUGCUCAGCGUACAGAACAAGAACAGCUCGUACUUCGUCGAGUGGAUACCGAACAACGUGAAGACAGCCGUCUGCGACAUACCGCCGAAAGGAUUGAAGAUGUCGUCGACCUUCAUCGGAAACACGACCGCUAUCCAAGAACUGUUCAAGAGAAUUUCAGAGCAAUUCACCGCCAUGUUCCGCAGGAAAGCUUUCCUGCACUGGUACACCGGCGAAGGCAUGGACGAGAUGGAGUUCACCGAGGCGGAGUCGAACAUGAACGAUCUGGUGUCGGAGUACCAACAGUACCAAGAAGCCACCGCCGAGGAAGAUUUCGAGGCCGAAGAAUGCGCCGACGACUUCGAGACUUGCGAUCAAGAGUAAACCGAACCUCUUCGUUCCUCGUCUCUUUCAGCUUCGUCGACGUAGCAGCGAGAGGAGUAUCUCUCUUCCCUUUUCUCUCUUUUAUACUUUUAUACGCGACAUUUUUCUACGAUCGCGGAGUUUGGCGCAGCGACCGGUACCUCGAGUGUUCCCUCGUUCCCCGACCAAAUUUCGCUUUCGAACGACUGACUGGUUGCUGCGCUUCGCCCCGUUUGUACCAGCAAAGAGGAUGGCGUGAAGCUCGAGAGUUAGGUAAAAACGUAACGUAGCCAGUCCGAUGUCCAGGGUUCGCGAACAGCGACUCGACCAAACGCCAAAGCGCUCGAACCAAAAAUCUACCUUUUACCGCGACAACCAAUGUAUCUACCGUUUGCGUAUAAUCGUGGCAAGCGUUUUUAAUGUAGCGCAAGUUUGUUCCUUGAAAAAAUAUAUGUUUUAUCGGGUA